AUGUCCCAGAGCCCCUCACCGCUAGACGCUUCCCGGCUUGUGAUACACAAGUCGGAUUCGUUACGUCAAUGCCCCCCUGUCAAGGACAUCGUGUUUGGGCGCACCUUUACUGACCACAUGCUUAAGAUCCCUUGGACUGCCGCGCGUGGGUGGGGCGAACCUUCAAUUGAGCCUUACGGCCCAUUGUCUUUGGAACCCAGCAGUGUAGUCUUGCAUUAUGCGGUCACGUUGUUUGAAGGUAUGAAAGCUUACCGCGAUGACCACGGCAAGGUUCGUCUCUUCCGCCCUGAGAAAAAUAUGGAGCGCAUGAACCGCAGUGCAUCAAGGAUUUGCCUUCCGAACUUUGAUGAAACGGAACUUCUUAAGCUUAUCAAAAAGCUUGUGCAGCUAGACCAGCACUGGGUGCCGUCGGAGCCAGGAUAUUCGAUGUACAUCCGUCCCACCCUCAUCGGCACGGAGCCUUCUGUAAGCGUGACGCAAACAUCGGAGGCAUUGUUGUUCGUUAUUCUUUCACCCGUUGGCCCGUACUACUCAUCGGGCGUGAAGCCGGUAGCGCUGGAAGCGAAUCCACAGUACGUCCGUGCGUGGCCCGGCGGCACAGGUAACGCAAAGAUUGGUGCGAACUAUGGUCCUGGAGUGAUGCCUGCAAUGCAAGCGGCCGCACGUGGAUAUCAGCAGAUUCUGUGGUUGUUUGGAGAGGAACACUACGUGACGGAAGUCGGCACGAUGAACUUUUUUGUGGUACUGAAGAAGGAUGACGGCGUAUGGGAAGUUGUGACACCGCCGCUUAACGGCCUCAUUCUGCCGGGUGUGACGCGUUUGUCAAUUCUCGAGUUGCUGCGUGCUCACCAGAACGGGGAGGAACGACUAAAGAAUGUACCAAAGAUCGAAGUGAAUGAGCGUGACAUCAAGAUGCAGGAACUCGUUGAUGCGGCCAAUGCUGGUAACAUUGUAGAAAUGUUUGGAGCAGGCACCGCCGCUGUCGUGAGCCCAGUGAACCGGAUUGGCUAUAUGGGCAAGGAUAUUCACGUGCCAGUGGGCGAGUCGGGCUUCGGUGUCAUUACGGAAGCUGUGCUCAACAAAAUCACGGGUAUCCAGUGGGGCAAAGAAGAGCACCCAUGGUCAGUCCCCAUUGAGUAG